UCUAAUCAGGCCAACAAGUACAACAAGUACAACAACAACCAACGUAACAAAAGAAUAAGAAAAACAUUUCCUUCCCCUGUCUGAACUAGUAUCAGAUUUGAUUUGAUUUGAUUGGGUCCUACACGGUUGCAGCCGCGAAAUGCAGCUAUGCCCGGCUGGCAGGCUUGGCAGACAGCCGACGCGGUGCGGACGUUGAUCCGCGCCGCCCCACUUCACUCCUAAGAGCCAUCGUUUUCCUCUCAUCACUAUCUACGCGUGGCUGCCAACCUCAUCUAGAUAAUGACUCUACUAGCUGAACACUGUACUUCUAGGCUUGUAGAGGCACGCGUGCCUCGUGUUUUGCGUCUGCAAUACCUUCAGUCUUCCCCCAGCGCUCGGCUGUCGUCUUCGUUCCUGCGAUCCCCAUUUUGCCCAAGGAUCUGCGUCUGCUCUACAUACUGGAUGGCUUUGGUGGCUAGCUGUGGCGUGCUUAGGAUGGCCCGGAUGCUGUCUCGUCCGGACAGGUUGGCGAAGAUGCGGUUCCGGAGGUUCCUGCGCUUGCUGCAGUGGAGGAGGAUGUGGGCGACGGUCUGUCGUCUCGCUCCGCAGUCGCAGCGCGGGCUGCUGACGUCUGGCACUCUUCGGGCGAAGAGGAAGUCGUUGAAGCCGAUCUUCUCAGUCCGUAGCUGCACCAGCAGCGCGCUCUCUCGCUUGGUAAGCCCCUCGUGGAGCCGGAGUACCUUUUUGGUGGGCGUGAACUAGUAUCAGGCCACCCGUGCUGGAGAUGAUCCUACCAGAUGCUCCUCUACACUACAGACGUCAAAACUGUGAAAACAUAAAAAACUAGU